GGCUCGUGAUUUCUGCCUGCGCUGCCGGCACCGAGCGCCCCAAAUCCUGCGGUGCCAGCCCCAAAUCCUGCAGGGCCGGCGCUGGGAUCCGUCCCAGAUCCAUCCCCGAUCCCCCUCCCCGGCGCUGAGCCCCCGGAGCAGCUCCCUGAGGGAGUUUUGGGUGCGUGUCCGGGCGGGCCGGUGCCAUCAGCAGGUCACCGGGGUGUUGUCACCUCCCUGGCCAGACCGGAUUUGUCGCCGAGGGUCAGUCCCGGCCGCGAGCCCUCGGCUCCCGCUGUGAAUCCCGGCAUGGAGCCGCUGGCUCCCGUCACCCUGCUGGCCCUGCUGCUGCUGGCACUGGGACACCCCCAGCCCACCCUGGACCGGCACUGGGAGCUCUGGAAAAAAACCUACGGGAAGGAAUAUCAGCCCCAGGAGGAUUCUCUCCGUCGCCUGACGUGGGAGAAGAACCUGUGGCUGGUGACCCUGCACAACCUGGAGCACUCGCUGGGGCUGCACUCCUACACGCUGGGCAUGAACCACCUGGGAGACAUGACCAGCGAGGAGGUGGCAGCAUCACUGACGGGGCUCCAGCUCCGUCCCGGCCCCCGGAAUUCUGCGCCCCGGCCCCGGCGGGUCGGUGACAUCCCCGAGGUGCUGGACUGGCGGGACAAGGGCUGCGUGACCGCCGUGAAGAACCAGGGCGCCUGCGGAUCCUGCUGGGCUUUCAGCGCCGUGGGAGCGCUGGAGGCGCAGGUGAAGCUGAAAACCGGGAAUUUGGUGUCGCUGAGCGCCCAGAACCUGGUGGAUUGCUCGGGGAUGUACGGGAACAAGGGCUGUGCCGGGGGGUUCAUCACCGAGGCGUUUCAGUACAUCAUCGACAACGGCGGCAUCGAGUCCGAGGAGUCCUAUCCCUACACGGCUCAGAACGGCACGUGCCGUUACAACGCCUCGGCCCGCGCCGCCUCCUGCUCGCGCUUCCUGGAGCUGCCCGAGGGCGACGAGGCCGCGCUCAGGGAGGCCGUGGCCACCGUGGGCCCCGUGGCCGUGGCCAUCGACGCCACCCGGCCCAGCUUCUUCCUGUACCGCUCCGGGGUGUUUGAUGACCCCCAGUGCUCGCAGGAGGUGAACCACGGGGUGCUGGUGGUGGGGUACGGCUCCCUGGAGAACAAGGAGUACUGGCUGGUGAAGAACAGCUGGGGUGUGUGGUUCGGUGACGCGGGAUACAUCCGGAUGGCGCGGAACGCCUCCAACCUCUGCGGCAUCGCCAGCUACGCCUCCUACCCGCUCAUCUGACUGGAGCUGUGCUCCCAGCGCCGUCCCAGCACCUUCCAAAGGCUCCCAGCACCAUCCCAGGGCUCCCAACGCCAUCCCAAAUCUCCCAACACCAUCCCAAAUCUCCCAACACCAUCCCAAACCUCCCAACACCAUCCCAAAUCUCCCAACACCAUCCCAAAUCUCCCAACGUCAUCUCAAAUGUCCUAAUGCCAUCCCAUGGCUCCCAACGCCAUCCCAAAUGUCCCAACACCAUCCCAAAUCUCCCAACGUCAUCUCAAAUGUCCUAAUGCCAUCCCAUGGCUCCCAACGCCAUCCCAAAUGUCCCAACACCAUCCCAAAUCUCCCAACGUCAUCUCAAAUGUCCUAAUGCC